AUGGCAGCCUCUAUUCACACAGCAGCCUCUAUCCACACAGCUCGACAUUCACAGCAGCCUAGUAUUAGUACAACAACAAGUGAAGAUGAGAGUCUACUAAAUAUGGAUACAGACGGCAACAAUAACCAAAGUUCCAACGACCAUAUAAAUAUGAAUGAAAAUGCACCAUUAUUAUUCAACGAAGAGUUAAUUAUUCAAUCUAAAAGAAACCAGGAUGAACAAUUAAUAAUGACCACUGCAGCUAGGACAAAUGAUUUCACAGAAACAUCAAAAUUCGAAGGAAGUUCUACUCAUUGUCAUGUACCAGAUACAAAAUUUGACUAUGGUGCCAGAAACAGAUUAGUUAUUGUACUUGUGCUAUGUGGUAUAUUGUCAAAUUCAACCGCAGUUAUUACAGAUGCAGCGCACAUGGCAAUAGAUGUAGGCAGUUUUGUGAUAUCAUUAACGGCCAUGUAUCUUGGAACAAAACGACCAACACAACGAUUAUCUUUUGGAUACUCACGAGCAGAAGUACUUGGUGCGUUAAUUAGUGUACUAGCAAUAUGGUUGGCUACCGGUGUGCUUGUUUAUAUGGCCAUUGAACGUUGUAUAAAUCAAAAUUUCACUGUUAAUUCAUUGGAAAUGAUAGUCACUGCCUCUUGUGGUGUCCUAUUCAAUAUAGUUAUGUUUUUUGUGUUACAUGCCAAUUGUUGCAGCAGUAUUCCUCAUCAUGGUCACAGUCAUGGAUCUAUGGAACAUGGUCAUAGCCAUACCCAUGGACAUACUAAUCAUGCACGACUAAAUAGCAACACUUCAGAUACAACUACGGCAGUUGACAUGGUUGAUGAUGAACCGUUGAGUAUUGCCGUAAGACCACAGAAACAACAUCGACACCAACCUGUUAAUGAUAUUAAUGUGAGAGCUGCUAUCAUUCAUGUUAUUGGUGAUUUUGCACAAAGUGUCGGCGUAUUAGUAGCAGCAAUUAUUAUCAAAUUUAAACCUGGAUAUAAAUUAGCCGAUCCAAUAUGUACAUUUCUUUUUUCUGUACUUGUCUUAAUAACUACAAUCACUAUCAUGAGAGAUAUUGUCUUUGUGUUGAUGGAAGCUGUUCCUCAUCAUAUCGAUUAUUUAAAGGUUAUUGAAGAUUUAAUGCAAAUUCCAGGCGUUCGAAAUGCUCAUAGUCUACAUAUAUGGUCAUUAUCAAUGAAAAAAGUAGCCCUCUCCGUCCAUAUUGCCGUUGAUAAUGAUCGUGAUUAUUUGACUGUUUUACGUCAAGCACAAGAUUUACUACGUCAUGCACAUUCUAUCGAUCGCACCACAAUACAAAUCGAAGAGUACGAUGAUAUUAUGAAAUCGUGUGAAAAUUGUAAAAGACCAGGUCUCUAA